AUGGCCGCCUCUGCAGCUGAAUUUCUGGCUGUUCAUCAUGUUGGUGGGGAGCUGUACGAUACUGGGAAUCAAUUCGUAUUUCAUUACGGUGCAGAAUCAGUUGAGGGUGGGGAUUCCUUGGUACUUCCCUUACUGGAUCGCAUCCUCCGCUCUAGCAGUUGUAUUCAUCCUCGUUAUGCUUUGGUUAAUAUCGCAACGGCAACUCCUCCCUGGCAUAGUGAUAAUGGGUUCUUUCAUACUCUUCAUACUAUGGAUGGUUGGUCUGAUAGUCAUUUCGAUACAACUCUGGGGCCCGAGUGGUGUGAAUGGGAAUUGUAA